ACGCCUGGGAUGCGGGCUUGUCGGUGACGUUACACUAAACUAGCACGCUUGGAUGACGUCGUAAUCACGGUCAACCGCCGGUUCUGUCAGUACAUGUGCACGUGAACACCAUGCAAGAGAUCAUGCAGUGUUUGGAUGAUCAGCCGGUCUACGAUUGGUUGAGGGACACGAGCCCCCACGCACCAUUGGCCGCUUUACGGAUGCAGCGCGCUACACACCCAGACAAUCCCAUGCCAGAACAAUAUCAAGAAAGCUUCAAUUCAAAAUAGUAAUAUCGCUCUAGAUUUUCAUCGCUGCAAACGAACUUAUAUGAGUUUUGUGUAUAUUUUAUUAGUGAUUUAGUGACUAGGAAUGGUAAUUGAAGAGAAAAUGACAGAAAAUAUCAUUUCUCCUCCAUCUACACCAUCCCCAAAGAACAUCUCCGAUGAUGAACAUUUGCAACAAUCAACGAUUGUUCAACUCAAAAACUUUUUGGGGCAGAAAAGAACUUUACAGACAUCUGGUCUGCUCACCCCUCAGCCUUCAGACUCCGAAAAUGAAGAACUAGACGUACCGCUGAAGAAGAGGUACCGCGUAACAAAUUUCAACAUACAGUACCCCCCUCCAACUAUUACCCCUCCUAAAUCUCCCUCUAAAACACCUCCUUUACCAGAAAAAACAAUUUCUUUGCCGCUAUAUAAACCUCCUGUACCAGAUUUUUGUCCUCCACUUCCACGAACCGAUAACCCCCCGAACAGAACACUCUCCGUUAUUACCAGGGCGGAUAAAAAUGGAAUUUGUACGGCGCUACCAAUACCCCAAGUACGCGAGGAAGAAAACAUCGUGAAAAGUCUCAAAUUCAAAAUGCGAAAAAACAAAGAACAGAUAGAAACAAGUGAAAAAGAUAUUUCGAAAGAAGAACCGAAACAAAUAGUUACUCAAAAACUACCGCUACCCGUAUUAGCACCAAAAAUUCUAACCUCAAAUCCGUCGAGCACAAUAUUUAUAUCAACUGACGGAACUGUUCUUCCAACACAAAUAGUCUUCAUCGCGCAUGCUCCUACCCCCUCACCACCAGUCCGAAGAAGAGUCUACGAAUGCCAAUACGAAGGGUGCGGGAAAAAUUACUUUAAAUCAUCGCAUCUCAAAGCUCACAAUCGUAUACAUACGGGGGAGAAACCAUUUGUUUGCCAAUGGGAGGAUUGCGAAAGGAGAUUUUCUCGAUCUGAUGAAUUAUCGAGACACAAGAGGACCCAUACUGGAGAAAAGAAAUUUAAAUGUUCGUAUUGCCAAAGGAAGUUCAUGCGAUCUGAUCAUUUAGCUAAACACGUUAAAAGGCACGUCAAAGAUAGGCUGAAUAGUGCCAAAGUUAAUGUAAUGCCCGUUUUAAGGCCCAUUCAACCAGCUUCGAAAUUGAGUUAAGUUUAUUUUUAUGUAUAUACAUAAGUAUUAUUCCAUUGUCUGAAUUAUUUUUGAUCUCUUUUGAUAUUAAGUGUUGAUAUUCUAAUUUUGUGGUUAUGUUUCUAACAUCUUGAUAUGCUAAUAUUUGAUUUUGUGUUAAACAUUCCUGUGUUACCUUUUUUAUUUUUAAUUGAAAGCAUUAUAGUGAAAAAUUGAAAUUCACUUUUAUCGUCUGUGAUUUAUAAUAUUUAUUUUUAGUUAGGUUAUUUUCGUGUGUAAAUAUGAAUGUUGUGAAUAUAUUUUCAUUUUUUAUACUUUCAAAUCUAAUACCACCUGUAACAUAUUUUGUAAUGACCAAUAACUGAUAAAAAAUUUGUUAAUAAAUAGUUGAAAUUUAAA